AUGGAAUAUACAGGGAACAAGCCAGAGGAUAAUUCCACUACAGUGACACAGUUUCUCUUUCUGGGAUUUUCUGAGCUUCCCAACCUACAAGGAUUUCUGUUUUGGAUGUUUUCCAUAAUGUACAUGAUUAUCAUAAUAGGAAAUAGCUUAAUAAUUGUCAUAGCCAGAAUUGAUCCUGCACUACAAAAACCCAUGUAUUUUUUUCUGGCCAAUUUUUCAUUUCUGGAAAUCUGUUAUGUAUCUGUCACUCUUCCUAGGAUUCUGUACAAUCUUUGGACUCAAGAUAGAAAAAUUUGUCUUCUGGCUUGUGCCGUCCAAAUGUUUUUCUUCACAAUUCUGGCAGCUACUGAGUGUUUCCUACUGGCUGUGAUGUCCUAUGACCGCUAUGUGGCCAUCUGCAACCCUCUGCACUAUCCACUGGUCAUGAACCCAACAAAGUGUACUCAGAUGGCCAUUGGCUCUUGGCUUGGUGGCAUCCCAAUCCAGAUAGGACAAACUUGUGGAAUAUUCUCUCAGCGUUUCUGUCAUUCUAAUAGAAUAGACCACUUCUUUUGUGAUAUUCCACCGGUUCUCAAGCUGGCCUGUGGGGAUACUUCAAUGUGUAAGAUGGCUGUCUAUGUAGUGUUUAUGAUGUUUGUUGCCUUCCCUUUUAUGAUGAUACUUGGAUCUUAUAGCAAAAUCAUUGCCAGCAUUGUGAAGUUGCCAACAGCCACAGGACAGGCAAAAGCCUUCUCUACGUGUUCUUCCCAUUUGGUGGUAGUUGUUUUGUUUUUUGGAUCAGGAACCAUUAACUACUUUAGGCCAAAAUCCACUAAUUCUGCAGGAACUGAUGAGCUACUCUCUCUGGUCUACACAACUGUGACUCCCAUGUUCAACCCCCUGAUAUACAGCCUUAGGAACAAGGAUGUGAUUGCAGCUCUGAGAAGAGUUUUACUUAAAAUGAAGAGCCACAGAGUUAUAUACAAGUGA